AUGGUAGCUAUUCCAGACAACGAUAUCGACUUUAUGGACCAUAUCGAAGACCAAGCCGACGCCGUGAAGGAGCAACGCCCUCCAGAUCCAUUGGCCAACACGGAUAUGCCUUGUGACAGUCGUAAAGGCAUGGAUGAAUCGACUCUCACCACAUUUCUGGAAUGCAGCCUGUCCAAAGCUCCCGAUGGUACCAAGGCCAAGUGGGAAACCACAACUUCCCUCUUUGUGGGCAGGACACCGGAACAGGCCAUCAUGAGUCUCUGCAGAGCUUCACCCACGGCAGGACACUCUAUGAUUGAAGGUUUCACUAAUCAGCAGUCCAAGAAAGACAAACCCAAGUUCAAGAAGAUCCUGAAAGAAUGCACGUCAUAACGUUUGGUACACCGGACCGUCUACCUCAGUAAUGGUCACGGCAAUAAAACUUAGUGCUUUUGAA